AUGUAUGCCUUAACUGACCCAGGCUGUGCCUUGCGUCGAUGGAUUGUGGAUGAGUUCGUGUGGGAGCACGAUGCUGAUUCAGAGGAUCCGCUCGACUUUGAGGAGUUCAAAGAGUUGAAUCCGGAGUUCUUGCUGGAUGUCGUUCGCGAGCAGGGCCGGCGCCUUGGUGGCGCAGUUGACGAGCGAGAGCUUCAUCGCAAGCCCGCAGAUGAUCCAGAGAAGUACAAGCAGUAG